CUGAACCCGGAAGUCAUCUGCAAAAUGUCUGGCUUGACGUUCUCAUCCCCAAUUACGGACACAGACCACAUCCGAGCAGAAAACGGUCAUUUGGGCUUAGAUCUUGCUUUUAAGAGUGCAAUGAUCGGCAACGCGCGCGCGGGCGUGCUUUAGGAGUGCGAUGGAUUUGUGUUUCUUCGAAUCUAAGCUGAAGUAAAACGUCGGCUCGCCCAAACACGCCUCCGUCGUCGACAGCGAUCCUCCAUUCCAUUUUGAUUCCGUGACCGAUCCGCAAUCUUGCCAGCAUGGCGUGGCCGUGCAUCAGCAGGGCGUGCUGCAUGGCCCGCUUCUGGAACCAGGCGGACAAGGCUGACAUCGCAGUGCCUCUGGUGUUCGCCAAGCGCACGGACGCCGCAGAGAUGCAGCGCGUCCGGCCGCAGCCUCCGUCGCGGGCCGGGGUCGCCAUAGAAACGCAGCCGCCGCCUCGCAGCGCGUCGGAGGAGCGCGUGUGCAGCUCGGUCACGAGGGAGGACUUUAAACACUGGAGAGUGCGCCCCCAGCCCAGCUGCAAACCCAAGAACGAGUACCGCGGCCCAGAAAUACCGUUCGACAGCGAGACCCAGUACCAGAAAGACUACAAACCUUGGCCCAUCCCCAAAAGGCGCGACCACCCGUGGAUACCCAAGCCGUCCGCGGACACGUCGCAUCGCCACAGCGGCGUGGAGAAAAGCGCCAUUGCCGACCAAGUGCAAGAGAAACACCUCAUGCGGAGCCACCGGGGGAAGAAGAGGCCGAGGGCGGCGGAAGGCGAAGGGCGCGCGGCCGCCGAUGCUGUCAACAGGCAAAUUCAGCAGGAGACUUCCGCCGGCACCUCGUACAAAACCGAAUUUAAGGCUUAUAGAGAUGUGAAGCCUGCCCAGAUGAUCCGGGCCAAGUCCCAGUACCUACCUCCGGACGAGAAGACCCGGUUGGAAACCAGCUAUAGUGCAACAUUCAAGGGACAAGCCCCGCUGCAGCCCACUGACAAUAAAGCCCAGGAGAGGAGAAGGAUACGCAGUUUGUACAGCGAGCCUUACAUCGACCCCAUUAAACAGGUGGACAGGUCUACUGUCCCUCGCACUAAAGCCAAAAAGCCCGGGGCCGUAGCAGCCGGCCAGGGCAAGCUAGUGAAGAAAGCCAAAGAGCAGAGCACUGCACUGAGGGGUUCCAGAAAGAUGACCUCGGAGAACCAGCCCGUGAGCCGGCCAGCAUUGGGGGACAAGGAGAAAAGUAAAGAGAUGAACAACAAACUGGCUGAAGCAAAAGAGGUUGUGCUAAAACAACAACACUACAUACAGCUCUGCCAGCCAAUCCGAGAUAUUGGCUGGGUGCAGACUCUAAAGCAACACCUCUGGGGCUGUGCGCUACCCAAUCCCAGAGAUGCUCAGGACGAGUUUGUCCGAGCCGGUCAUCAUCAUUCCCAGGGUGCUGCUGGAGGAGAACCACAACCACUACUGGGAAGACCUGAACACCGACGAAGCAGCGGAGUCGUGCGAUUUGCCCUCGAUUUGAACCAGACUGAUUAGUACUGUGAAAAUCACACACACACACACAAAGACCCAUUUUGGAAAAUGCAUGUCUGAAAUUGUUUUUGGGCCUAAAACUUAUAGCUGUUCGACCUGUGGCAUUAUUGAAAAGGUGCUAUAUAUUUUUUUUUUUUCUUGUUUUAUGCAUUGUAUUUUAAAGCUGUAUUAACAAUAAUACAAGAAAACCACACCAUGAAGUGCUAAUAUCACAUCUAAAGCAACCUGUAUGCAGUUAUAGUUUAAAUAAAAGACCGACACUUGCA